CAAGGUCCCCGAGGGCGAGGCGACGUGGCCCGCGCCGCCGAGCGACGCGGCAAGGGCCGAGCUGCCGCUGCGGGCCGUGUGGGUCGACGCGAGCGAGCUGAGGCGCGUGCUGCUGCUGCCCUCCGGCGGGGAGGCUGUGCGCACGGGCCUCGGGGACUUCGCGCUCUUCCCCGUGUCGCGCCGCUUCCUGCAGACCGCGGGGGUGCAGAGGUGGCUCGGCGUGCGUGCAGCCCCGGCGGCACACCGCCGCCGUCCCGCGUCGCCGCCGCAGGCGGCGGGGCACCCGCGCCGCGCCACCGCGCGGCACGCCGGCCGCCGCUGAGUGCG